GUACGAGCGCAUUAUGAUGUACUUUACCGGAGUUCGUCCGGUAACGUCAUGAGUGGGAACGUCUCGGAAACCAUCUGGUCUAGAUAAGAUGAACACACCAAGAGGAUUUUUUAUGUUUUUGAAGACAAAGUAAACUUCGAGGAGCGUUUGUUUGGAUGAAAUUAACAGAAAAAACGUUAGGAUAUAAUAUAAACAUAACACACAACGGACAGGGGGAGCAGUGAAGCUAUAAUCUGAUUAUGGGCCCUGAGGAUUUUCCUGACCUUAUGGACACGAUGUCGAGCACUCCUCCUCCCUCUCCUCGUCCUGUCUGUUCCUCAUUCUCACCUCCUUACUGCUCUCCACCGUUCGUGACCUUACGCUCCCCUGCCACUCGUCACCUGACUCAGCUCGACCCCUGGAGGAGACACAGCUGGGAACCUGGAGCUGUUGCACAUGGAUAUCCACCCAAUGACACACGCAGUGUCAGUCUUGAAGAUCUGGAUCCGGAUGAGAUGUCCUUAGUGCUAAACGGUGCAUUGAGGUCAAAAAGAGCUCGAGAAGCCCGCAGGUCUGUCACUCAAGCUUCCCUGACGUCACUUACCGAGGAGGAAGUUGGAGCAGAGCAUCAGGAACAUCAUCAAUCAGCGCUGGAGGUGCAAUCCAAUCAGAUGCAUGGCUGCAGUGUCUCCGCCCCCAGCCUGUGUAUGAUGCAGCAGAUGCCCAGAAGCUCCGCCCCUCGCCCACGUUCCUACUGCCAUGAACCUUUUUCUUGUCUUGUUCGGUGUGAUCUAGAGAGUGUUUCGUACCACCAGAUUGGAGGAUCAUCUCACAGUAUAGACAGCGAGUUUGCUUCUCCGGAUUGGGACAUAAAUAGAGGGCAAAUAAAGGCUGAGGGGCACAAAAACAAAGAGGACGCCUCAGGAAAUCGUCUGGAGCGAACACUGAGCUUCCUGCGCAAGAUGACUGCUAAAAGCAAGGCUCCCCUCAUAACCCAGCCAAAGACUAAGUACACUGUUGGCAUGGCGACAGAUGUGGCCAAGGCGGGAAAAGAAUGUCCCCUCCUCUCCCUUCGGCUCUCUUCCCAAAAGAAAACGUCCACCAUUUUCUGCCUUUCCCGGUACACAGAGGUGAUCUACAGAGGUGCGUGCAGAGCCACUCCAAUGCUGCAGGAUUUAGAAACAUUGGAUACUUACAGAUGUUAUAUGUUGUAA